CAGAAACCGCAGAUUUUCUGAUAGCGCGGCGAAGGGGAAAGGCGUACUGAGUACGCUACCAGAUUACCAUAGCAAAAUCCCCAAGAGGCGUUUCACCCGUCACCCGCGCCGUAAAUACAAAAAGGGUGCAACCGGCAAAACUCCCUCCACCACUCCCCCACCCCGUCCCUCCCGACCCGCGAUACAAAUGCCUGCGAAGCAAUUCCUACGACCGCUCCUCAACAUAGCGACACGCACUUCUGUCUCCAGCACACCACUGUCCACUUCUGCACGCAUCACACUCGCGAGAUCAUUCCACUCCACACUGCCCAAGAUGACUGUCCACAACAUUGAGUCUGCCUCUGCCUUCAAGGAGACCAUCGCCUCGAACCCCGUCGUCGUUGUCGACUGGUUCGCGACGUGGUGCGGCCCUUGCAAGCUGAUCGCCCCCCAGAUCGCCAAGUGGUCCCAGUCCAUGCCGGCGAUCCACUUCGCCAAGGUCGACGUCGACGCACUGCCCGACCUCGCGCAGGAGUACAGCGUGCGCGCCAUGCCCACCUUCCACAUCUUCAAGGACGGCGAGAAGGUCGACGAGUACGUCAGCGCCAACCCGCCCGCCCUGCUCAAGGUUAUCGAGAAGUGGAAGCCCGCCGAGGAGGGCGAGGCCGCGGAGGAGGCCAAGGCCGAGUAAGGGUUUCUCUGUCUCCGUCCUCUCUCAUACCCGGCUACAUGGCGCGGUCCCUGAGCAAGAAAAUCGGUUCUACUAUAGGGGCAAUGGCAGCAACAGCAGUCAUUUGUGACGACGGUUCGAGAGGUUCGAACUGAAGGGAAUGUGAUGUAUCAUGAGGGAGGCUGCCACUCCUAUAUCCCGCAGAUACCAAUUGAAGUAUUUUAGAAG